AUGGAAUUUGUGGAUGGUACAAAUAUUGGAACCAUUUGCAAAGUAUUGGGUGUACCGAUUGAAUUAUCCAACACGGUAUUUGUUCAGAAAUUACAUCUUGAGGGCUAUUCAUUCACAAAUACUGCUAACGAACGACGCAAAGAACAAUUGGAACUUAUUGAACAGACAUUUAAACAAUCACAAUGGAGAUAUCACGAAUUGCAUUUUCUUCAUGAGUUUUCAUGUCGGUAUGGCUAUAUAUUGUUAUUAAGCGAAGAAACAAAUGAGACACGAAUAUGGAAAAGUUCGUUGGUAGCAACUACGGCGAAUUCACAUCCUCCAACCAUGGAGAUUAGUUUCAAUAUCACCAAAGAUUCCCAAUGUAAAACACACGUCCUAAGUAUUUUUAAUCAAUUUGAAUUGAUUAAUGACAAUCAACGACAUUUGUUGAACAAGAUCUUUAAACAUGAAGACAAGUGUGUGAAAAUUCGAGGACAUAUUUUUCUGAAAAAAUCGAACUUAAAGCUACCAAAGUCUGAUCCACAUAUACGAUCAGUUUUGCUGGAAAUUUUUCCACAAUUUACAACCAAAAUUAAUUUAGACAACAAAAGAGAUCAUGGCAAUGUGGUUGAUUUGGACGAAGAAUUAAUGUUACAUUUUUUUUCUUUUGUACGAGAUGUACACGGGUAUGACAAACCCAUUGAACGAGAAAUCAUGUUACAACGUUUUUGGUUUCCAGCUCUCCACACUAAGGAAACAUUGAAAUGCACCACUAGUCGAAAACACAUGCCCUCUCUUUUAGGUCGUGAUGCUCACACUCGUAUUUCACGUGCGAUGGCUCACUCCAUUGCUAAAUAUGAGGUUACUUGCAUUCCACAUUCUCGAAAAGUCAAACUGAAACUCAUUCCAAAAACAAUUCCAAUUUUUGUUACGAACGUUUGCUUCAUGGCACUCAUUUAUGGAUGUUCAAAGUUAAACGAAUUCUUAGCCAACAAGUAUCUCAAGGAAAAUAUGGACGAUGUAAUUUUGGGGUAUUUCAUCAAAGGUUGGCUCGUGUUGACAACAAAUCUUGCUAUUGUGGUAAUGGCUGUGUUUGGAUGUAGAGCAUUCAUGGAAAUGUUUCAUUCUUUAUAUGAACCUAAGGAGAUUGAACUAUAA